AGUCGCAUGUUCCAGGCAAGUGUUGCCCCAGAGCUGUGUGCCCAGAGGCCCUGUGGGGGGGUGCCUCUGCUCCCAGGCACCCAGUCAUCACCUCUCCCGUUUUAGGAUGAGGAGUGCUAAGCUGACAGGGGCACUGCUUGCCCUGGCCGGAAUGCUCCAGGUGGCCCUGUCCCUGAGAAUAGCAGCUUUCAACAUCCGGACUUUUGGAGAGGCCAAGAUAUCUAACGCCACCCUCGCCAACUACAUUGUGCAGAUCUUGAGCCGCUAUGACAUCGCUGUUGUCCAGGAGGUCCGAGACAGUCACCUUACGGCCGUGGGGACACUUCUGGAUAAACUAAAUGAGAAGGGCUCUGACACCUACCACUAUGUGGCCAGCGAGCCUCUGGGGCGCAGCACCUACAAAGAACGUUACCUGUUUGUGUUCAGGCCUGACCAGGUGUCUGUGCUGGACUCGUACCUGUAUGACGAUGGCUGUCAGCCAUGUGGGAACGAUACCUUCAGCCGAGAGCCGGCCAUUGUUAAGUUCUCCUCCCGGUACACUGAGGUGAAGGAGUUUGCCAUCGCUCCUCUGCACGCAGCCCCUACUGAGGCAGUGGCCGAGAUCAACUCGCUCUAUGAUGUCUACCUGGACAUCCGGAAGAGGUGGAACUUGGAGAACAUCAUGUUCAUGGGUGAUUUCAACGCUGGCUGCAGCUACGUAAGCCAGUCGCAGUGGGCAACCAUCCGCCUGCGCACAGACCCGACCUUCCUGUGGCUGAUUCCCGACAGUGCUGACACCACGGUGACAAUCACUGUCUGUGCCUAUGACAGGAUUGUGGUCGCUGGAACCGAGCUGCGGAAUGCCAUUGUGCCCGGCUCAGCUGGCAUCUUCGAUUUCCAGACUGCAUACAAGCUAAGCAGUCAGAUGGCUCUGGCCAUCAGUGACCACUAUCCGGUGGAAGUGAUGCUGAAGUAA